AUGUGCGAGGGUGCACUGAGAAAGUUGCUCGGUGCAGACGUUCCAAAAUCCGCUGUGCAGCCCUUCGUUGUUUCAACUGCAGGCCACGGAAUUAUUGCGGGCAUCCCUGACGAUGUGGACGUGGUAGCACUUGAGGACGAAGUGGUCGGGAUCAAAAUCGUGACACCACGAGUGGGAGAGGUCACACUAGAGGGCAUAGAAAUUCCCGAUGAUAGCUUCAGCGUUGUAGAAGAGCUUUGCGGUUCUAGUGUAGGAAUACUAAACACGGCGUCAGUAGCGCUGCUCGAUUUACUGAGCCACGAUGGGCGAACAGCCGUGAAAGUUGAGCUAGUCCUAUCGAAAGAGGUGCUGGUCUUGCUUUUUGUAGCCAACGAAAGAGACAUGGAUGUAGAAUCGGAGGAGGCCGACAAGGUCGUAGUCGGACUGGAAAUUGCGGAGGCUGAAGAAUGGCUGCUCUGUGACGAGAAGAGCUCAGAGCUCGUGGUGACGCUCGCGGAGGGAUCUAAUGAAACUCGACUCUCGGAAGAUAAUAAUGUCGACGAACGCCCAAAGCUUAUAUCGACGCUCACAGAGGAAGUGAAUAAAGUCAGACUCUCUGGACGGGAAGAACCAACUGCUGAGCUUCGGCUCAUAAGUGAUGAUACACUUGACAUCGAGCUCUCUGUUGUGGACGAGUUCGCAGCCGGUGGCGCGCUUGAGGUAAGACCAGUCGAAGAUGCGAGAUUGACCGAGGUAUGUUUCGCUGUUGACGACAUGCUCAAGGAGCCUUCAGAAGUGCUUGGCACUGUAUCUGAGGAAUGA